GUCUGUAUGGUGGCCGCCAUGUUGUUUGAUGAUGUAACGAAGUAAAUGUCCAUUAAUCAGACUUUUUUUUGUCAAUUUAGCGAAUAAAAUCGGACAUCGAGGAAUUGCCCGAGAGGUUCAACCCGAGUGUUCAACUUGAAGCUUGAGGAAGUGGGCCAAUAGAUGUACUCUUAACAAUACAGGAGGGCAACUUCCUUACCCAGAUAAUCAUGAAGAUUCAUGAAAAGCAUUACAAUAUUAGCCAAAUUUCUGUGAAGUCCCAUGUAGCUGUAUAAGAAAGCAAUUAUGGUUAUGGGCGGUCACUUUCGUUACUCAGUAUGGGAUCCGCCUCUCAUUGUGGCUCAAAUUAUAACUAUUCAGAGUAUUUUUUAUGCUUCUUUAGGAUUGUGGAUAUUUCUUACUAACAUUUUGAGCAGUACAGCUCAUUCUUUAGAUCAAAUAUUUCUAUAUCAGCAAAUACAUGUGAAAGAUUUUCAUGGACAGUGCAUUGUAGGAUCUUAUUUAUUGAAUUCAUUGUGUUGUUCAUUGGGACUCUGGUAUUUUGUACAGAGAACAAAACUGUGUUUGGACUUUACUGUAACUGCCCAUUUGUUUCAUCUGAUAGCCUGUUGGAUCUACAACAGCAGUUUUCCACACACGUUAUCCUGGUGGUUACUUAAUAUAGUCUGCAUAACUAUCAUGUGCGUCUGCGGAGAAUUUCUGUGCAUGAGGACUGAAUUGAAAGCCAUACCUCUCAGCCUGGGUCCAAAGGCUGAUUUGUGAUGUGUAGUUGUAAGUCUGUUUCUCUUUGUAAUAAAAAAAGAAGCAAGUAUCA